AUGGUCAAUGUUGACGGAGACACACGCUGGAUUCAUUCAGAUACGGAUCUUCUAUCAGGUCAUGGCGUCAGUUAUAAUGUCAAUUAUCUCGGCUCUGUUGAAGUACUUUGUUCAAUGAAGACACUUGAUUUCGAUAGUCGUACGCGGGUUGCACGUGACUCAAUACGUUUAGUGUGUACGGCUGUUGGUGUUUCACUUCGAGAACGCAAUAAGUCUGACGUAUCAUCAAAUGGUCAAUCAAUGACUGCCGCGCAAGCUAAUCUAACACAUAGCCAUACGCCUGUUCAAUUGAUAAUUAGUACUGAUGCACUUGUACUUAAACGAUCAGAUGAUUCUCAAAUCAUUUGUUCACAUAGAAUGGAAGGAAUUUCAUUUGCAAGUGCUGGUGAACAUGAUACAAAAGAUUACAUAGCUUAUGUAGCAAAAGAUAAUAUGAAUAAGCGAGCAUGUCACGUACUUUCAUGUGCAUCAAAUGAAUCGUUAGAUGUUAUCACAACUAUUGGCCAAGCUUUCGAAUUGCGUUACAAUGAAUAUGUGCAAACACAACGGCAAGUACUUCAACAUCAAGACGAAGACUCAAUGAAAUUCUCUGGUCAUGAUCAACAACUACUACAAAAACUAGAUGAAAACCAUUUUCCUCUGAACAAUAACAAUAAUCAGCAACAAGAGACGCCGAGUAGCUGGAAUACAGCAAACAGUUUAGAUGUUUACAAAGAGAAUUGGUUUCAUGGAAAAAUUAGUCGAGAGGAGGCUGAACAAUUAUUAACUCACAGCGGGGAUUUUCUUGUACGUGAAAGUGGAAAAAUUUCUGGUCAAUUUAUUUUAUCAGGUCGUUCACAAAAUCAAUUUAAACAUUUACUUCUUGUUGAUCCUGAAGGAAUAAUACGCACAAAAGAUUAUGAAUUUGAUUCAAUUCAACAUCUUAUAUCCUAUCAUAAAUCAGGCAAUAUUCCUAUUGUAUCUGCUGACAGUGAACUUUUCCUACAAACGCCUAUUCUACGUCUGAAGUGA